AAUCGAUGAUUUUGCUCGCGUCGAUUCAUUGCUACGGGUGUCUCGUGUCCGUGUCGCUCUCGUUUUGUCCGCGUUCCAAUUCGGGAUUUGAAAGCAAAAUUCUUAUCGGGUUCAAAUUUGCUGGAAGAAGUCGUUGAAGUUUUGAGACCGGAAGUGGAAGCGACUGGAUUUACCGGAACACGGUAUCCACUUUGGUUCUUUGGUUUUGAAAUCGUAGCGAGCUGCGUUUUUUUUUCCAUUCUACUGUUCUCUUCUGGUGUGUGAUGCUUUUACGUGUCUCCGUGUGCGUGUGUGAAAAAAUGUGAAUCAUUUUCUCACCGGAGGCGCAGGAGUUUCGUGGUGCUGCAAAAAUCCGUGCCGUAAUGAAGAAGAAAAAAGUAACCGAAUGAGCCCUACAGGAUCCCCCAGGAGGUCCACCUGUGUGGAAGCGCUCGAAGAUAGGCUUGAAGAAAAAAUAUUGUGUGCUACGUGAGGGCGAAGCGAAAAUUCCGUGCGAAGAAAGUACACGGAGAAGAAGGAUUUCGGUGUUAUCUUUCGAUUUGUUCUGUUCUGAGGGAGAGGUAGCGAAAUAAAAUCGAAGCAAACGGGGGAUUUCUCCGCUGGUUGGCAAGCAACCCUUCUUGCCUCUGGUCUGCGUAUUUUGCGAGCAGACGGAGAGGAAACGCAAGGUGCAAGUGUUUACAUUCAUGUGACAACUUCUGAAAGUGCGAGUCGAGCGAACGGAAAAGGAUUCUAUUGUUCCCUUCACUGAAAAAACACGUUAUUUUCGGAAGUAACCAGCGGAAAGUGAUACCGGCGAAGCUGGCAGUCAGAAUGGCGGACCUUACGAGGCCGCCCUAUAGCGACAUCAAACGGCCGGAGGAGGUGGUGAAGAUGUCGAUGACGGACAAUCUCAAGUUCGCCGUCCUGAUCGGACUCAUCGAGGUCGGCCAGGUCUCGAACCGGGAGGUGGUCAACACCGUCCUUCAUUUGCUCGUGGGCGGCGAGUUCGACAUGGAGCUGAACUUUGUCGUCCAGGAUGCCCAGAACGUGAAACACAUGCUCGAGCUGCUGGACCACUGUCCGGCGAACCUCCAGGCCGAGGUGUGGAGCGUUUUCAUCGCCAUCCUGAAGAAGAGCGUCCGCAAUCUGCAGGCCUGCACCGAGAUUGGACUGAUCGAGCAUGUCCUGGCGAGGCUGCAGCGAGCGGAGCCCAUCGUUGCCGAUCUACUCAUCGAAAUGUUGGGAGUGCUCGCUAGCUACAGUAUCACAGUGAAAGAGCUGAAGCUACUGUUCGGUGCGAUGAAAGCCAUCAGCGGUAAGUGGCCGCGACAUUCGGCCAAAUUGCUCAACGUUCUCAAACAGAUGCCCCACCGGAACGGGCCGGAUGUGUUCUUCAGCUUCCCCGGACGGAAGGGUUCGGCUGUCGUAUUACCGCCACUUGCGAAGUGGCCCUAUGAGAACGGAUUCACCUUCACCACCUGGUUUCGGUUGGAUCCCAUCAACUCGGUCAAUAUCGAACGAGAGAAGCCUUAUCUGUACUGCUUCAAAACGUCCAAGGGUGUCGGUUACACGGCCCACUUCGUUGGCAACUGCCUGGUGCUGACCUCGAUGAAGGUGAAGGGCAAAGGUUUCCAGCACUGUGUCAAGUACGAGUUCCAGCCGCGCAAGUGGUACAUGAUUGCCAUCGUCUACAUCUACAACCGAUGGACCAAGAGUGAGAUCAAGUGCCUGGUCAACGGUCAGCUCGCCUCCAGCACGGAGAUGGCCUGGUUCGUCUCGACGAAUGAUCCAUUCGACAAGUGCUACAUUGGUGCCACACCGGAGCUGGACGAGGAGCGUGUGUUCUGCGGCCAGAUGGCCGCCAUCUACCUUUUCAGCGAGGCGCUGACAACGCAACAAAUUUGCGCCAUGCAUCGGCUCGGUCCCGGCUACAAGUCCCAGUUCCGGUUCGACAACGAGUGCUACCUGAAUCUGCCGGACAACCACAAGCGGGUGAGUCACGAGUCCUCGCUUGGAUCGCCCGCGGCCGGAGGUUCGUCCUCCCUAUCGCCGACGCCACCAGCUCCGAUCGAAUCCAACAUCCAUCGGAAUCUGGCCGCCGCCAGUGCCGCCGCCGCUAGUUCUAGUAGUUCCUCCUCAUCCUCUAGCAGUACUCCUAGUUCGGCGAUCGUUGCAGCGGGGGCGGGCGGUUCGGCUGGGAUGGGCCCGGCGGGACAUUCCAGCGGAACGGCCGCCACCGGCGGGGCGCUCGAUGCUUCCGGCGAACAGUUUAAUUUUGCAUCUGUUCUGUACGAUGGCAAGCUGUCGAGUGCAAUCGUCUUCAUGUACAAUCCCGUCGCCACCGAUGGCCAGCUGUGUCUACAAUCAGCCCCCAAGGGUAACCUGUCCUACUUUGUGCACACGCCCCACUCGCUGAUGCUACAGGACGUGAAAGCGGUAGUCACCCACUCGAUUCACUGCACGCUCAAUUCGAUCGGUGGCAUUCAGGUGCUAUUCCCGCUGUUCUCCCAGCUGGACAUGCCAUACGAGGGGACCGACGUCAAGAAGGAUCCGACGCUUUGCGCAAAGCUGCUCGGAUUCAUCUGCGAGUUGGUGGAAAGCUCACAAACGGUGCAGCAGCACAUGAUUCAGAAUCGCGGCUUCCUGGUCAUUUCAUUCAUGCUGCAGCGUUCCUCUCGCGAUCAUCUCACGUCGGAGGUGCUGGGCUCGUUUCUGAGCCUCACGAAAUACCUGGUCACCUGUCUGUCGGCCAACUCGGAUCUUCUGCUGAAACAGCUCUUCUGUUUCUCUUUCCUCACCUGGCAGUUACUAGACCACGUGCUGUUCAACCCCUCGCUGUGGAUCUACACCCCGGCGACGGUACAGGCCCGGCUGUACGCCUACCUGGCGACGGAGUUUCUCAGCGACACCCAGAUCUACAGCAACGUGCGGCGGGUCAGUACCGUGUUGCAGACGGUACACACGCUAAAGUUCUACUACUGGGUGGUUAAUCCCCGGGCCAAAUCCGGCAUCACGCCAAAAGGGCUCGAUGGACCACGACCGGCCCAGAAGGACAUCCUCGCGAUCCGGGCCUACAUACUGCUGUUCCUGAAGCAGCUGAUCAUGAUCGGUAACGGGGUGAAGGACGACGAGCUGCAGAGCAUCCUCAACUAUCUGAUGACAAUGCACGAGGACGAGAACCUGCACGACGUGCUGCAGAUGCUGAUAUCGUUGAUGUCCGAGCACCCGAGCUCGAUGGUACCGGCGUUCGACGUGAAGCAUGGCGUCCGAACGAUCUUCAAGCUGAUGGCAGCCGAAAGUCAGCUGAUUCGUCUGCAAGCCCUCAAACUGCUGGGUUUCUUCCUCUCGCGGAGUACACACAAAUCAUCUCUCUUCGGCAGACGCAAGUACGACGUGAUGUCACCCCACAAUCUGUACACACUGCUAGCCGAACGACUGCUCCUGUACGAGGAAUCACUCUCGCUCCCCACUUACAACGUGCUGUACGAGAUCAUGACCGAACACAUCUCGCAGCAGAUUCUGUACGCGAAGCACCCCGAGCCCGAGAGUCACUACCGGCUGGAGAAUCCCAUGAUCCUCAAGGUGGUCGCCACGCUCAUCCGCCAGUCCAAACAGAGCGAGCAACUGCUCGAGGUGAAGAAGCUCUUCCUCUCGGACAUGACCCUGCUGUGUAACAACAAUCGCGAGAACCGUCGCACGGUGCUGCAGAUGAGCGUCUGGCAGGAGUGGUUGAUCGCGAUGGCGUACAUCCACCCGAAAAACUCCGAAGAGCAGAAGCUGUCCGACAUGGUGUACUCGCUGUUCCGGAUGCUGCUGCAUCACGCGAUCAAGUACGAGUACGGAGGCUGGCGGGUGUGGGUCGAUACGCUGGCGAUCGUCCACUCGAAGGUUUCGUACGAGGAGUUCAAGCUGCAGUUCGCCCAGAUGUACGAACACUACGAGAAGCACCGCACGGAUAACAUUACGGACCCGGCGCUGAGGCAGCAGCGUCCUAUCAGCACGAUCAGUGGUUGGGAGCGAGGUGCCGGUAGUGGAGCGGCAGGUGGUGGUGACCGUGGCGGAGGUGGCGGACGGGAGAAAGGCGAGGUAACGGCCAUCGAGGGUGCCAAACAGUGUGUUUGCGAGCCGGAGGAGGUCCAGUUUGCGGAAGGUAAGAUGGUGAGGAAGGAAGAGAUGACCAAUGGUCACGAUCUGGAAGAGGAGAAUGAAGAGGACGUGGAGGAGGAAGAAGAAGAUCUGGACGAGGAACAAGCUGAUGAAGAAAUGGAAGAGGAAGAAGAGGAGGAGGAAGAAAUGGAGUUGCCGCAGAGUGAGUUGAAGGAAGCUCUGGAGAUUGGCUCGCUGAAAGAUAGUCAAAAUGUUUCCGAGCAAGUGGUCGAACAUAUAGUGGAGGAGAUAAUCAGCAAGUCGGAGAGUUUACUGAGGGAGUCCGAAGAACUGGAGGAGGUCAGUGCGGAGCAGACGACUUCGUCGCCUGUGAUAAAGGAUGAAGAGAUAGAGCUGGCAGUGAAUGAAGUUGUGAAGGGGGUGCUUUCGCUGAAGACUUCCGCAACCGUGGUCAUUGGAAGUUCAGGUGAGGACGCGCUGAACAACAACAACAAUAACAGCGGCACCGAAAGUGUUAUGCAGAAGACUGAUAGUGUAGCAUCAAGUGCAAUAACUAGUGAUAGUAGUAACAAUUUGAACAACAAUAAUUUAAGUAGCAAUAGUGAGGAAGUCCCUUCGGAUGUUCAGAACACGGAUGAGCAGAUCAAAAUCAUGAUCUCCGGCAUUGUUGAUGAAUUGGUGAAGAACAGUUUACUCGAAGAUGAUACCUUGGAUGGUAAUGAGAAUCCCGUGCCUUUGGCAACGGAACAGAGUGAACUUGAGGCACAGGUCAAAGAAGUCGUUGAUUCCAUAAUUUCCGAUGCCGUAUUGAAGGCGGAGCAAAUCUCGACCCCGGAACCGGAUCAGCCAAAGCCGGAAGCUAUGAGCAUCGAGUCCAGUCCACAGAAAGUCGUUUCGAUCGAAACUGUUUCCGCGGAGAUAUCCAAGAUUGAAGAGACACCCGUUGAACACAAAGAAGAACUCAUUGAAGAGGAGCCUGUUGAAGAGGAAGAAGAGGAUGGUGAGGAGCUGGAGGAAGAUGAAGACGACGAAGAGGACAGAGAGAUUCCGGACACUCCAGUAACAAUAGCAUCGGUGAUUAAACACGAUUCCGUUGCACAGACUACCAGCGUUGCCACAGAUUCAAACGAUCAACAGCAAUCAACCCUCCCAGCAGUCGUCAAAAAGUCCGCAGUGAAUGCCUCGACCAGCACUGCUGCCGAUUCUCCUCCGGCCCACUACGAACCAGCCGCAGGAGGUCCUCCUACCAAGCAGCAGCGCUCGAAAUCGGCCUCAAGCCGACCAAUGUUUUCGCCAGGCCCGACGCGUCCUCCCUUCCGCAUUCCGGAGUUCAAGUGGUCCUACAUCCACCAGCGUCUCCUGUCGGACGUUUUGUUCUCGCUGGAAACCGACAUCCAGGUGUGGAGAUCCCACUCGACCAAGAGUGUGCUGGACUUUGUCAACUCUGCCGAGAACGCAAUCUUCGUUGUGAACACCGUCCAUCUGAUCUCGCAGCUUGCCGACAAUCUGAUCAUUGCCUGCGGAGGUCUGUUGCCAUUACUUGCAAGUGCCACAUCCCCGAACUCCGAACUGGAUGUACUGGAGCCAACCCAGGGAAUGCCUCUGGACGUGGCGGUCUCCUUCCUUCAGCGCCUGGUCAACAUGGCCGAUGUGCUGAUCUUCGCCAGUUCACUGAACUUCGGUGAACUCGAGGCCGAGAAGAACAUGUCCAGCGGAGGCAUUCUGCGUCAGUGUUUACGUCUGGUGUGCACCUGUGCGGUACGCAAUUGCCUCGAGUGCCGGGAGCGAACCCGCGGACUGUACAACGGAAUGUCCCUCAAAGAUAUUCCCGGCGGAGCCCAUCUGCAGGCGUUGAUCCGUGGUGCCCAAACCACAUCCAAGACAAUCAUCGAGUCACUCUCGGGACCGAUGAGUCCGGUGAAAGACCCCGAGAAGCUACUCCAGGAUAUGGAUAUCAAUCGGUUGCGGGCGGUCAUUUAUCGGGACGUGAAACGCAUGUUCCAGGAGGAAACCAAGCAGGCCCAGUUCCUCUCGCUGGCCAUCGUGUACUUCAUCUCGGUCCUGAUGGUUUCCAAGUAUCGGGACAUCCUGGAGCCACCGCCCGAGCUGCAGAUCCAUCGGAACUCGUCACCCGUGUUGCAGCGCAGCACCCCAACCCAAGAUUCGAGCAAUCGUCCACUGUUUCCGCAAUGGUCGCACCACGUCUACCCGCAGUUUUUACCGGGAUCCCAUCCGAGCCACCAGUCGUCGUCGUCUCUGGUGACCAACGCUGGCAGCGCCACCAUCGGUGGCCAGGGUCCCCAGCUCAUGAGUUCUCCCUCGCCUGCGGCACUUGGUUCCGUGCAGAACUCCGCCAACCUGCAAAUGGUACACCACGGCAGUAACAAUACGAUCACGUCCUCAUCCUCUCAAACCACUUCCUCGUCGUCCUCGUCCGGACUGAUGAACACUAACAAUAACAAUAACGGCGGCACUAACGGAAUGGGGGGACCAGCACUGAACGGACCCAUUGUCUCGAUGACCGCGUAUAACGGUAACGGUGCCACCAAUGGGUAUCCGACAGAUAUGGUUAACUUCUACACGGGAGUCCCAGCCCAUCACCAUCACCAGCAGCAGCAACAGGUUCAACACGCCCAGCAUAACCUAGCCAAUAAUAACAACGCCUUGACGGCGCUAAACCCCGGCCAAUAUGGUCAGAGUCACAUGCGAGGUCGAACGAGUACUCUGAACAAUGGCCUCGUUAGCCAUGCGACGACAAAACUAGGGAAAGGACUCAAUAACGGUGAUAACCAUAUCUAUCAUUGUAACGGUAUGACAGGCAAUCGCUCGCUCCAGGAUGGUGACUACGAGGUGAUUGUGGUGGACGAGAACAACUCCUCGGUGAUAGCGGACAACGAUUCGCACUCGAGCGGACCGCUCUCGAUCAAGACCACCGUCUCCCGGCGCGAGUCGUCCGUAUACGGAUCGCCGACUUCCCCCUGGCUUAAAAUCGGUGUCAGCAAUGGUAACAACAGUGACGACAUCACCACUAACACUAGAUAUCCGGCGUCUACUACCACUAUCACUACCACUAGCAUAAGUACGAUCCAAAAGCAGCCGCUGUCACCUGCCGCGGUGGUUGACAGCAGCGAAACACCGCCGCCCCUCUUGCAGCUACAGCAACGAAAGCAGACGAAGAGCGUGGACUCGGACGCAGCCUCGCUGAAUUUGAACUCGACCGAAAACGAUGCACCCGAGGUGGAAACUUCGAGCGAAAUCAUGGCGGACGACAACAAGCCAACCAACUCGAACGACGAGAGCUGGACCGACGUCAACCUGAACGACGAGGUUCCCGCGGAGCUCAACAAAAGCACCACGGCCACUGCCCUUCGAGGUGGGGUGAUCCCGGAAGGGCUAGCUGGCAACGCUGUGAUCGGUGGGCAGCUGUCUCCGGCGAUGACGACCGGUACCGAACAUCCGAACAAACUUGAAUCGGACAUUGCGGUGGUGAGGGUACCGGACAACUAUCAGGCCGCCAGCGCACGGGGUCGACCGGAGGAUUUGAACCUCAAGGCACCCUUCGUGGGUCAGAUUCCGAUGGCGAUCCCAUCGCGUGAGGCCAGUCUCACCCAGAAGCUGGAGAUAGCGCUGGGACCGGUUUGUCCACUACUUCGCGAGAUCAUGGUCGAUUUCGCCCCGUUUCUGUCCAAGACCUUGAUUGGAUCGCACGGUCAGGAGCUACUGAUGGAGGGUAAGGGUUUGACCACGUUCAAGAACAGUCACUCGGUGGUGGAACUGGUGAUGCUGCUGUGCUCCCAGGAGUGGCAAAAUAGCUUGCAGAAGCAUGCCGGGCUAGCGUUUAUUGAACUGAUCAACGAGGGACGAUUGCUGUCGCAUGCGAUGAAAGACCACAUCGUGAGGGUUGCCAACGAGGCGGAGUUCAUCUUGAACCGAAUGCGAGCGGAUGAUGUGUUGAAGCAUGCUGACUUUGAGUCACAGUGCGCACAGACACUUCUCGAGCGACGCGAAGAGGAGCGAAUGUGUGAUCACUUGAUCACAGCCGCGAGGCGAAGAGAUAACGUGAUCGCCAGCAGAUUACUGGAGAAGGUUCGGAACAUUAUGGGUAAUCGACACGGAGCGUGGGGUGAUACCAGUGGAUGUUAUCAGAAGCAAAUUUUCUGGAAGCUUGACGCUUGGGAAGAUGACGCACGACGGAGGAAACGGAUGGUGCAAAAUCCACGAGGAUCCAGCCAUCCGCAGGCCACACUGAAAGCCUCUCUUGAAAACGGAGGCAAUGAGGAUGCACGCGAAGCUGGACGGGACGAGAUUUACUCGCAGAUCGCUGUGCCCCGAUCUCAGCAGCCGGAUCUGCUCGACGACUCGGAACUGUUGAUCGAGGAUCGCGAGCUCGAUCUGGACUUGACCGGUCCGGUCAACAUUAGCACUAAGGCGAAACUGAUCGCACCUGGUCUGGUCGCCCCCGGCACGAUGUCAAUUACGUCUACAGAGAUGUAUUUCGAGGUGGACGAAGAGAACUCCGAAUUCCAAGCUAUCGACCAGGAGGUCCUGAAAUACUGUGAUCAUUUACACGGCAAGUGGUACUUCUCCGAGAUUCGUGCCAUCUUCUCCAGACGCUAUCUGCUGCAAAACGUAGCGCUGGAGAUUUUCCUAGCCAGCCGAACGUCCAUACUGUUCGCUUUCCCCGAUCAACACACGGUUAAGAAAGUGAUCAAAGCCUUGCCACGGGUUGGCGUUGGCAUUAAGUAUGGAAUCCCGCAGACGCGUCGCGCCUCGAUGAUGUCCCCAAGGCAGCUAAUGCGCAAUUCCAAUAUGACUCAAAAGUGGCAGAGACGUGAAAUUUCCAACUUUGAAUAUCUGAUGUUCCUGAACACGAUCGCGGGCAGGACGUACAAUGAUUUGAACCAAUAUCCGGUGUUUCCAUGGGUCCUGACCAACUACGAUUCCCGCGAGCUCGACCUCAGUCAACCUUCGAACUAUCGGGAUCUCUCGAAACCCAUUGGUGCAUUGAAUCCAUCGCGUCGAGAGUACUUCGAGGAACGCUACGAAAGCUGGGACACACCCGGCAUUCCUCCGUUCCAUUAUGGUACCCACUACUCGACAGCCGCAUUCGCACUGAACUGGCUGAUCCGAAUCGAACCGUUCACGACCAUGUUCCUAGCUCUGCAGGGUGGCAAGUUCGACCAUCCGGACCGUCUGUUUUCGUCGAUCACACUCUCCUGGAAGAACUGCCAACGUGACACAUCGGACGUCAAGGAAUUGAUUCCGGAGUGGUACUUCCUUCCGGAGAUGUUCUACAACUCGUCCGACUAUCGGUUGGGUCAGCGCGAGGAUGGUAACAACGUUGGGGAUGUUGAGCUACCUCCGUGGGCGAAAACUCCGGAGGAGUUCGUACGCAUCAAUCGGAUGGCCUUGGAGUCCGAAUUCGUAUCCUGUCAAUUACACCAGUGGAUCGAUCUGAUCUUCGGCUACAAACAACGUGGUCCGGAAGCGAUGCGUGCCACCAAUGUAUUCUACUACCUGACGUACGAGGGUAGCGUCGAUCUGGAAACAAUCACCGAUCCCGUCACGCGUGAAGCAAUCGAGAAUCAAAUCAAAAACUUUGGCCAAACGCCGAGCUUGCUGCUGAUGGAGCCCCAUCCACCGCGAAGCUCCGCCAUGCAUCUGUCACCUAUGAUGUUCAACACCAUGCCGGACGAUGUGUGUAUGUCGUUGAAGUUCCACCUGAACUCGCCGAUCAUUCACAUCUCGGCUAACACGUACCCACAGCUGCCACUGCCCUCGGUUGUAACCGUCACGGCUGGUCACCAAUUCGCGGUCAACCGCUGGAACUGCCAGUACACCGCCAGUAUUCAGAGCCCGAGCUAUGCCGAAACGUCCCAGAACGUCACCGCCAAUCUACCGCUCGCGAUGGAUCCGCUUCUUUCCCAAAUCAACGGUCACAACAACAGCCAGCACCAGAACCGGCGUCACCUCGGGGACAACUUCAGCCAGAAGCUGCGCAUCAAGUCGAACUGCUACGUCACCACGGUGGACAGCCGGUUCCUGAUCGCGUGUGGGUUCUGGGACAACAGCUUCCGGGUGUUCUCGACCGAGUCGGCCAAGAUCAUGCAGAUCAUCUUCGGCCACUUCGACGUGGUGACGUGUCUGUCCCGGUCGGAGUGCAACAUCACCUCGGAUUGUUACAUCGCGUCCGGGUCGGCCGAUUGCACCAUUCUGUUGUGGCACUGGAACGCCCGAACGCAGAGCAUCGUCGGGGAGGGAGAGAUUCCAACCCCUCGAGCAACCCUAACGGGUCACGAAACGCCGGUGACGUCGGUUGUGAUCAGCGCAGAGCUUGGUUUGGUGGUUUCCGGAUCGAUAAAUGGUCCAGUACUGGUGCACACAACCUUCGGUGAUUUGCUUCGGUCGCUUGAAGCGCCGAAGGACUUCGUAUCGCCGGAAAAUAUUACCCUCUCCCGGGAGGGGUUCAUCGUGGUCACUUACGAUGAAGGCAACGUCGCCGCGUACACAAUCAAUGGAAAACUGCUGAGGCAUGUGUCUCACAAUGAUAAUCUUCAGUGCAUGCUUCUGUCACGGGAUGGAGAAUAUCUGAUGACGGCCGGUAACAAGGGAGUUGUCGAAGUCUGGCGAACGUUCAACCUGGCUCCGCUGUAUGCGUUCCCCACCUGCAACAGUGGAAUUCGCUCUCUUGCGUUGACCCAUGAUCAGAAGUACUUGCUGGCCGGGUUGGCCACCGGUUCGAUCAUCGUGUUCCACAUCGACUUCAACCGCUGGCAUCACGAGUACCAGCAGCGCUACUGAAACCCGUCCCUCGAGUACGUCUCGAUGACGAGCGAGGGCGCUGCGUUGCUGGGGUAUCAUCAUCCGCGGCAACCCAGCGGUGAUCGCGGUGAUCACGGCGAUCCAUCCACGAGCGGAUCGCUCGUGGUGGCGUUUUAGUUGGCCACCACUAGUAAGUAGCUAGACAGAGUGAAGAAGGUGCGGUUGAGCAGGUGAUGCAAUGAUGUGAAGCCAAAUUCUCGUUGAAGAAGCGUGUGCGUGUGCGAAAAAAGAGAGAGAGCGAUUGUUACCUAUUAAAAGUAGAGCUAUUGAACCGCGAGCACAUAUUACUUAGACAAAACAGCUGCUACCUUUAAUAUACAUACUUAGAGAAAUUACGCUUUGGAUCGCGUAAAACAACAAUAGAGGGGACGCUUCGGUGGGUUGGGGAAUGCUUUAUGGCGCAAUUCGAGCUUGCUGAAAAGAAGAGAAGCGUAACAGAGAGACGCUAAAGGAACCUUAGUGUGGUAGCGACAAACAAAUGGAAACAAUGCCAAACUUAAUGUAUUCACAAGUGAAUUCCAGAGCGAGCGAGAGUGAGGGAAAACAAAAGUAAAAUAAAUAUUCUAAUUCGUUAGCUUCAGGCAAACUUUUAUCGCAUUUAUCGUAGGGAAGAAGCAAAUCGAAGAAAAUCCACCACCAUACUACUUUACUAGAGGAGAUUCCCUGGUUCCGCCAGAAGAAGAGAAAAAAAAGAAAAACCGUGUAUGCCAAAUGUUAAAUUUUAAUCAAUAACACAAACGAGACAAACCAAGAGAAAGUAAAGGUAAAAAUUUUAAGCUCACACACAUACAGUUUUUCCCCCGAGAUUUCAGCAGCUAAAACAACAACAGCAAACAAAAAGACGAAAAGUAACGAAUGUGAAUUAAUUAAUACUUCUGAGGUUAUCCGUCCGUAAAUAUUUAUAUUAACCUUAACGCAAAAUGAAUACAAGUAUUUUAGAAGAGAACAUCAAGCAACACUAAACCGCUGCACUUUUUACAUGCCACUCUUGGAACUAAAUCUUGCGUUGCUUUUAACUUUUAAGAAGCGGAAAAACAGACGCGGUAGCAGAGGACAGUGAAAAAAAAUAACUACUAGUAUACUUAUUAGAUGACAGAUAAACAUAAAACAUUCACGUGCCAAGCAUUUUUCCUUUGUCUAGAGUCCUCUACUUAGAGAAUAUAGAUUUAGAAAAGCAAGAAAAAAAAACUUACAUUACACACGGUACCAAAACGCAAAGAAGUAUGGUAAAGAACGCCACCAAUCCAAAUUUGGGUUAUGAAACUCCCCCGAUUUGACAGCACUUUUCCAUCGGACGGAAUAGGCGAAACAAACGUAGUAGGCGUUGAACAUGUCAUUUUCCGUCCAAUUCGUUUUGCUAUGUUUUUAGCCCCGAGACGCAAAGAAGACACACCGUUUUUUCAGUGUUCCCGUCAAUGUUCGCGUUCGCGCUCGCCGAGUUCCAGAAGGCUUGUUAACACAUUAAGGACCGGAAAGAAAUUGGCAAGACAUACAUCUGGGACCGCACGUUUUGACUUGUGUGAAGUUAGCGGAUAAAAGUUUUUGUUGCGUGCAAGUUUCUGUUCAACGUCUUGUUGGAUUUACACCCCUAUUCUGCAUUUCGAUCGAGUCGAAAUAUUUCGAACGACUUGAUAAAAUUCCAUUCUGUAUUUCGUUCGAGUUGUUUUUGCAUUUCGUUCGAUCUGUUUCUCUUCAAACAUUGAAUGGGCAAAACGUUCGAAAUAGGGAAUGCGAAAUUAAAACUCGAACGAAAUAACGGUUUCGAACGAAAUGUAAAUCCGUCGGAAUACAGAAUAGGGCUGUUAAUGAACAAUUAUUUCAGUUGAAAUAAAUUAAGUGUUUAUUAAGUAACAACCUUCAGAAUCAUGCUCAUUAGAUAGAGAAUUUAAUCAUUCAUCAUUCCACAUAAUUCUUUUUUUUUCUUGAUCGUGACAGAAAAAAGUUAUAGACUGAAACGUGAGCUUGGGUCAAUAUAGGGAAAAUAUACAGAAUUUUGAAAAACAAAAAAAAAAAUCGAAUAGAGUUAUCGAAGCUAUUCAAUAGAGAAAUAUGUUACCUAUCGUCCAGCCACAAUUUUAUUAAUCGAAAAAGGGUCUGAGAAAAGUUAUAGGCCAAGUUGUAUGGGAGAAAUCAAUUAAUUUAAAGAAAAUUUGAAAAAACCCAAAACACAUUCUCGAGAUAGUACUCAUUCGAUAUAGGAUACUUUUAUCUAUCAUUAGCAAAACAUCCAUUGGUCGGAAAAGGAUCUAAGAAAAGUUAUAGCCCAAAACUUAUAUAACUUGUAUGGGAGAAAUUAAUUAAUUUAAAGAAAGUUGUUAAUUAACGAGUGGACUGUAAUUUUUCACGCUUAACAACCAUGCAAACGAAGACACACUCGUAUCCCUUAACAGGGGCUAGCCUUCUUCCAGUCUUUUCGCACCUUGCAAUUGGAAGAUCCCCCAUAAACUGACCAGCACACGGAGGGUUGAGUCUAAAGCAUCACACGCAAUUUUUUGUUACCUUGCGAACAAUAGAACGGGUUCCUAAAAUCCCGAAUUGUCGACGAAUCCGCCAGCAAAGCAGAUGGUCCAAUGUGAAGGUUCUCACGGUGUACUGUCUCAAUCAAGCGUUGAACGAUUCCAUCCUUAUUUGGCAAGAUCCACGUAUGCUUAACUCCAUAAGGCAGACUUGAAUGUCGCAGCCGUCCGCCGACGCGAAUCAUACUAUCGUCCAAUAAUGGCACUGGGAAACCGUUCAGAGAUUCUCCAAAUGGCCACCUUCUCCAUCGCAUUCCUGCAAAAACGCAAGACGUAUGCCAGAGCUCGUUGCAGCUUUCUAAAAGACUCGAACUUGUGGAACACCGGGUAGAAGCUCUGGAACCAUUGUCUGAUAUUCCAUUGAUAAACAAUGGGCUGUUCCACCAAAGAUCAUUAUUCUUAAGAACGUCAGAAGUUUGGCCACGCUACACUGGACCGGCUGGAUUUUCCAGCGUAUUCACAUACCUCCACUUAAAUUGUGUACUGUUAGAGUUUGUCUCACUAACCCGGUUUCGUACAAACACUUCUAAACGUUCCGGGUUUUUCCUCAGCCAAGCUAGCACCACUGGAUUGUCCGACCACAAAGAUAUAUAUCUCGAAAGGACAGCUUUAUUGCAGCCAACAGUCUCUUCACCAAUCUGUGUAACAAAAGCGCUGCUAAAAGCUCCUUUCUUGGAAUGGUCAACACUGUUUUCGGGACGAUCUUCGAUUUGGCACAUAACAACUUCACUACAGCAGCUAUAUCAGGUAUUAUUGACCUGACGUACACACAGGCACCGUAGGCCUCCAAAGUUGCAUCAGCAGCUCCAGUAAUCACAACACGACGAGGAAUUUGGAGAUUGCUAACACCACUUAAAGCACUUGAGAAUUCAUCACACUUCUCCUUCAAAUGACCCGUGAGCUCUUCGUCCCAUCCCAAUUCUUCCUUCCAUAUGGCUUUUAUCAGAAGUAAUAAGAAUUACCGGCGCCAUAAGACCCAAGGGUCGGACAUUCUCGACACGAGCGACAGCACUUGCCGCUUAGUUACACUGUUUUCACACACCGUUGAGACGGAAACGAACUGCAUAACAUCCAGAGCGAUGUUCCACAUUAAUCAGAAUGUUUUAAUCACCUCAUUUAAACCAGUUUCGUCAAUGCUGACAAGUUCAUCCUGAUCGCCUUCCGGAAUCCGUUUCAGCAACUCAGGAUGAUCAGAAGCCCAUUUAUGCAGAUGAAAUCCACCUGCCUUGAGUAAACUUACGCAACUCGUUGUAGUCCGGGAGUUCACCGUGCUUGAUGAUAGACUCCCACGUGUGAUGCACAUCAUUGUGUAAUGCAGCGGCCAAUAGAUGUAUCACGAAAUCCUCUCCUACUUCAUUAAAGUAUCGCUCCAGGAACUUAAGACCAUCCACAUGCUUACUGCCUUCAUCAACCAGCGGAGUCUACAUGGCUCUUUUUCGUCAUGCGCUUAAGAUUCAGCAGAUCGUGAAUGUGUGAAUCGAUAGCGUGACGCUUAUUUUCGAACCUCUCUUCCAAGACCUUCCGCGCGUGGGCAUGAUUGCCUUCGUUGAUUGUCUUACCAUCGAUUAAACCCGCUGCCUUACCGACCAGAGACUUGUCUAAAUGGUAUAACUUAACCGCUGGCGGAUCUGGACCCUUAUCCACAAGAUCCUUGAACAUGGCCUAGAGCUUUGGCCAGCUCUCAUAAUGGCCGACAAAUGUGGGAAUUGGUAUGCGAAGCGGUUGAUGGAUUAUGACCGGCGACUAACCGGGUUGAUGACCAUUUUUCGGGUUCAUGGCCGCAGCGGCUGCCGGUAUAACUGCAGUGUUCCUGGUAAGCUGAUCCUCAAACAAAAUAGCAACAGAAUCGUGUAGGAUAUCGAACUCCUCGUAUUGCUGUUCGUGUUGUUCGUAGUCAUUGACCGAAACCUCAUUAAAUUAUGAAUGUUGUGGGCAUCGUUAAAAUCUCUCCGUGCUGCCUCCAACUUCUUCAGAUAAACCUUAAUUUCAGCUUCCGUCAGCUGGACUACUUUCUCUUCAUUUGGGCGAAUUAUAUUUAAAAUACAAGUCACCUUACCUUUAGCCACAACGGCAAAGAACUCUUUGCAUGUUCUCUAUUGAGACCAACUUUUCCGUUAACUUUAGCUGCUUCUUUUCCUUCUUACUUGAGGGAGUGGAGGAAUUUUUGAUUAGACUGCCCAAGUGCAGAACUAGUUAUAGAUGUUCUGGUUUGCUGCUGCUUCGAAACACUAUUUUCCGACAUGCUACACUAUGCUCGGUGGUGGUUGGGAACACAGCCAAGUCUAUGCUCACGCAACGAUUCUGUUAACGGACACAGUGGAAUAACCGGAACACCAGCUUUGUGAUGAUCAACUUCACUUAAUAGAGCUUCCAAUCAACUUUACUUAAUUGAGCACUUAAUUGCUCGAAUAGACAAUUUUGUUCAAUUUUGAGUCACUUCUCAAAAUGGCGACAGCAAACCAUGAAUUCAACUUCACAAAAAAUGUGACGUCGCUCUAGCACUUAAUUUUAAUGGCGGUUAUAAAUGCGUAUACCUUUACCUUUACAAAUUUCCGACAAUUUCGGAAUUCGAAACCAUUUCUUCACUUCUGAUCCGGAACAGUCAGAGAGUCAUUCCACUGCACUCAAUCCGGCUCGAAGGACCAAAGUAUGUUCCUUAACAAACGAGUGGACUGUAAUUUUUGACGCUUAACAUUUGUCCUUCCAGGGUUGCCAAUAAUAAUUUUCAAAAAACUGGAAGAUCGCUCUUUAAAAAACUGGAAGAAAACUGGAUCCUGUAAAACCGUUUUAUUUUAAAAAGAUUGCCUUUAAAAUGAUGUUUACCCAUUCCCACGAUUGGGAAAUAAAAUCUACUUUGAAGCUUCGUGUCGUAUUCAUUCAUUCAUAUUCAUAUAAGUCGAGGAGAUCAAAAUGAUGUUAUCCACUACUCGAACAUUACUGUAAAACAAUAUUUGAGGAUCUUUCUAUCUAGAAAAUACGGUUUCAUUUGGGUAAAACUUGAAAAAUCUCGUAUUUUUUGCUUCAUGUCCAUCAUGUCCUUCAUGACAUGUCAUGUCCAGAUUAAUUAGGGUGCAUAGGGACACGGAAUUUAACUCCAAUGUUCUGUUCUUUUUCUACUAACGCGAAUUUUGAUUUUUUGAUAGUGUUCUGUUUGACCAUAUUCGUUGCUAUCUUUUUCUCACUUACGGAGAACGUAGGAUAAGAAAAAUAAAUCUUCGGUUCGACGUUCUUGCGUUGUUUUGUUUCGGCUCCCAUUUGUUAGCAUUUGAAUACGGACAUGGAAAAUUGCAACGAAUAGGAACUCAAACAAAACACGCAAAACUGUCAUACAGACGUCUCCGUGCACUAAUUUAUGCAGUGAUCUAUGUAUCAAAAUUUUUCCUCGAGUCCCAUAAUAUUAUUUCCAUACUAAAAAGAGCACAUUCAAUACCAAAGCAACGCUGCUCAAGUAUUACUAUGGUAUUGAAAUUAUAAAAUAUUGGAAUUGAAAAGCUAUUUCUCUCUAAUUUUGAUAUUAUUCUUUAGUAUUUUACUUUUAUAUCAGACUUGUCCAAACUAAAUUUGGGUAUCAAGAUCAAAACGAGGUAUCUUUAGGUAUUUCCUCCUGGUCGAGAAUAUACUUUUGGAAAAAUAUCCACAGUAUACACACUUGCUAAAUGUGCUUAUGUAUUUUAUGCAAAUUCUGCAUUUUUUUCUUCUUCGAAAUAUGAAUCAAAUAGGAGAGUUUAGAUCAUGCGUAAUAUUAAUGCUAUUUAGAACUAAAAAUCCUUUGAGAGACCAUUAAACACUAAUAUCUCAUUGAUGUAAACGAGGACAAGAUUACUUGGGUUUUAUGUUCAAAUCAAUCAAAGUCAAUGGAACUCAUUGACACUAAGGUCUUCUGAAAUUUAAAAUGAUUUGGAGGGCCUAUAACAUUUGAUGAUUAUAUAAACUCAAAGCCAGCAUAGCACACGGGCUCUAUGAACCUAUUUGGGCAAGACUAUGAACUUUGCUAGUUGAAAUGGUAGUUCAAUUAGUCUCAACUAGGAGGACCUAGAAAUUCGGAAGUGUAAGCAAGUAAAAAAUAACACUGAGUUGAGUGUGAAAUAAAAGAAAGAUCAAUCCAAGGUAAACACAAAUUGGAUCGGACGAACGAUAAAUGUAAAAAAAAACUAAAUUAGGAAGCGUGAGUGAGGGAUAUUGUUUAUGCAUUUUAAACUUAUUUUACAUAAAAUGGGUAAAACUGAAGCUGAAACAUAUAAAAAACUGGAAGUUAAGACCGGAGGGGUCAAUUCGGGUUUUUUAAAAAACUCAAGUGUUUCCUUUGACGGUCGAAACAGAAGUGAAGUUCUUUAUUCUGUCUUAAUUCUAGGUUUACAUAAAUUGCUUAUGCUAGCAUCGACUCGUAGUUGUUGAAAUGUAGUUUUGCUGAAGUUGGGGAUCCCUACGAUGUAGAAUAUUAUUUCUCCGUUAGUGACGACUGAUGCGGUUGCAAACUGCAAGGCUUCAUCUAUUAGGUGUUGGUGAACUCCUUGUAUUUCCAGCUUGGUUGUGAUUUCUUCAGUUUCUUCUGGGGUUAACAAUUUGUUAUUUACAAUAUUCAAUUUUGAAAAUAUAAUUGCAUUCCUAAUGGCUUCGAUUUCAUCAUUUAUUAGAUCUAAAUUGAACAUAAUUUUUAGUGAAUCUAAUUCUUUGUUUAUUUCAUUGAAGUUUUGAGAAUCUAGGGAAGUUAUGUCAUUCAAAUAGUUGGUCAGAUUUGCAAUGCUUAUCUGUAUUUUUUCAUUGAUUUCUAUUUGGUCAUUAUUAUUGUCAACAAGUUGAUUUAUUGAAAUAUUUAUUGCUCUAAGAUCGUCUGAAUCAGGGGAUCCAGCCAUCCAUUUCCAUGCUCUGCCUAAAGCAUCCCAUCUUCUGACUCUAUUGGUUUUUAAAGGUUUAACCUGCGCUAAGUUAUUUUUUAAGGUUUCAAUUCUGUGUACUAAAGUAGGGUUUGGAUUAUUUUUUUCAUUAACAACUUGUUCCAAACGCGACACAGUUUUCUGUAUAAAGGUAACAUUUAUGGUAUGUAUAAUUUUUGUGUGUCCUUCUAAUAUUCUUCCGUCUCUUAAUUUUACAACUGCUAUAGGGUUUUUAUCGAGGUUGUGGAUCUGGAGGGAUGCAAGGACACGUGGUAUGCUGGAAUGAAAAGAAUAGGUGCGAUUUUUAAAGGAAUGAUUAGGGAUUCACCGGAUAUGCUUUAUUUGGAAUGUUUGUAUUCUUUAUAUUUGAUUUGUGUAUGUUUUGAUUUUUUUCAUUUCUCACAGUUACUCUUUGAUUUGAUUGAACAUGAUGUCUUUUGAAGAGUGGUUUAUGUUUACUUUUAAAAACCUUAUCUUUUACAAAAAUUUCCUGUCCUAUUUCCAACUCUGGUGGAUGUUGUCUAUUUUUAUUAUGUGUUUCUAGAUGUUUUUCUUGUUUUUCUUUUAAUUGGACAAUGACUUCAUCAUACCGUUUGUUUCUUAUUUCAUCUAGCUCUUCGAUCGAGACGGGUUUAUUUGUUAUGCCAAAAAGUAUUUCUUUGGGUGUUUUUCCGGUGGUGGAGUGGAUUGUUUCAUUGUAUUUGUUCACGGAAAUCGUCAUCAAUCUACUGCAAGGGUAUGUGGGGUUUAAGGAUUUUUGAAUACGAUAUAAUUCAGUAAUUGUUGAAUGGAACCGUUCGACUUGUCCAUUAACUUCGGAUUUAUUGCUGGGUGUCACAUAAGCUCGAAUAUUGAGAUCUAACAUUAUGCCUCUGAUUUCCGGCGAUAAAAACGCUUUCUCAUUGUCUGUUAUUACAGAAGAAGGAAUAAUAUUAGAUGUUAUAGUUUCUUCGAAUGCUCGGCGAAUGUGAACGACAUGGCGUGAUUUAAUAGGUAUCAUUCUACCAAAUUUGGAAAAUUUGUCAAUGCUAGACAAAAAGUAAUUAUUGUCAAUCUGAUAAAUAUCUAUGUGAAUGAUAUCGUAUGGGUGGCUUGGAAUAGGAGUUUCCUGGAUAUGGAUUUUUAGGGGGUGUCUGUCGUAUUUUGUCACGUUACAAGUAUCACAAGUCCGUAUGAAUUUUUUUACCUUGGCAGAGAGCUGUGGAAAAUAGUAUUCACGCAGAAUUUGUUUCUUGUUUUCAUCGAUACCUCGAUGGGCUCUUUCGUGGAUUUUUUCAAUUAUUCUGUUCGUCUGUCUCGAUUACGUCAGUUAGCAUGUUUUGAGUGAAUCGAAUUUUUAACAGAUUUGCUCUACUAAAGUAUUUCUUGUAUACUUCUUGAAGUUGUCCGAGAAUAUUUUCAGAUGUGUAUAAUCCAAUAAGUUUACUGGGGGUGAAGAACUCUUUCAUAAUAGCAGUCAAAGUCUGUUCUGUGAAUUGAGUUCGUUUUAUCAAAAUUCUUUUGUAACCUGGAAAGGGUGUUAUCACUGUCGUUUCAGGAUUUGUAUUGGUUUGUUCAAUGAUAAUUUGAUGUCGGAAUGCAUUAAGUGGAGCUUCGGUUGAGAUUAUAUAGUUACUGUCGUCGUCCUCCGCCGAAUGUUGCGUUGGAGUGAGAGAAUUUAUUUGAAUUCGACUUAGGGCAUCUGCAACUACAUUUGUCCGUCCGGGUUUGUAUAUGAUCUGGUAGUCGUGUUCUUCCAAAAACGACUUCCAACGUUUGAAUUUAGCGUUUGUAUUUUUUGAUGAUAAAGAGAAAGUAAUUGGUUGAUGAUCUGUAAUGACUAUGAACUUUUGACCGUAUAUAUAGUUUCUGAAGACUUUCAGAGCCCAGUAGAUGGCGAGCAUUUCUUUUUCCGUGGCUGAAAAGUUUUCCUCAGAUUUGUUUAGAGUCCUAGAAGCAAAGUGAAUCGGUUUAUCUUUUCCUAUUUCGCCUUGGCUGAGAACUGCUCCGAUAGCGUAAUUGGAAGCAUCUGUUGUAAUUAAAAAUGGUUUGUUAAAAUUUGGAUAUGUUAAGAUGUCACUGGAAGUUAAUAUAGUUUUUAGUUUUUCGAAAGCUCCUUUCUCUGUAUCUUCAAAGUUAACUUUUUUAUUUGAUGAUGGGUCUCUCUCCCCUCUGAAGAGAUUUGUAAGAGGUUUGGCUAUUUUAGCGAAAUCUUUUACAAAUCUUCUGUAAUAGCCAAUUAGUCCUAGAAAUCCUCUUAAUUCCUUAAUCGUUUUUGGUUUAGGCCAUUUUUCUAUUGCUUCGAUUUUCUUAGGGUUCGGUUUUAUUCCUUUUUCAGUGAUUACGUAUCCCAGAAAUUCAACUGAUUUUUUCAAAAAUUCCGAUUUGUCGGGUUGUACUUUCAAAUUUGCUUCUUGUAAUAUUUCCAAGAUAAUUUUUAAAUUCAUUGUAGCUUCUUCCAAUGUUUUUCCAAAGACAACAACAUCAUCCAUGUACACAUAGCAUAUUUUGCCGAUGUGUUCACGUAAUACGUCGUCCAUUGCUCUUUGAAAAAUCGCUGGAGCGUUUUUUAACCCAAAUGGCAUACGAACAAAUUCGUAUUUGCCAUGGUUUACUGAGAAUGCUGUUUUUUCGAUAUCUCUGGGGUUCAUCUUUAUUUGAUGGAACCCAGAGGCUAGGUCCAAAGUAGUGAAAUAGCGGUUUCCACCAAGUUGAUCGAGUAUAUUCGAGAUUUCGGGCAUCGGAUAUUUAUCUGAUAUUGUCUACUGGUUUAGUUUUCUGUAGUCUAUGACGGGUCUAAAUUUCGAUUUGCCUGAUGCAUCCAUCUUUUUUGGAACAAUCCAAACUGGUGCAUUCCAAGGGGAUCUGGAUGGUCUAAUAAUCCCUUCAUUUAAUAGUUUAGAAAUUUGUGCACUGACUUCUUCCUUAUAUGCGACGGGAUAAGGGUAUGAUUUUUGGUAAAUUGGAAUAUCGUCUUCCGUACGUAUAUAGCAUUCUACGUUCGUUGUACACGAUAACCGAUUAUCUGGAUUGUGGAAAACUUGUUUUAUUGAAUUCACAAUAGGAAGGAGUGCAUUUUUCUCAUCUUCAGACAAAUGUGAGGUUCUAAUGUUGGAGGUAAGAUUGACAUGAUUUAUUUUUCGUGCGUUAGGGGUAGGAAAAUAGAAAUGUAAGGGAACGUUGAAAAUUAUGUCGUUACCGAAAACUUGAAGGAUUGAUGAAUUAGAUAUGAGAUUGAAAUUCUUUCCAAAUAUGAAUUCGGUUCCUAUCAAACCAUCAAAGAAUGUGUGAAAAUCGAAUAUUAAAAAUUCUGAGGACUCAUUUCUUAUGGGUUCAAAUAAUGAAAGAUGUACCAUUUCGGAAAUAACACCUUUACCGGUUACUCCCUUAACAGGUUCAUCAGGAAUUUUAAAUAUAGGUUUACCAGAGUGGUAUGCCCACCUUUUUGAAAUCAGGUUUACAUUUGCGCCACAGUCAAUGAGAAGUUUUAUUUCUCCUUUUGUCGUGGGAAUUUUUAUGUAAGGAAGAGGUGAGAUUUUAGUUUUCAAUCGAACCAUUUGCUCACCCAUUCCUGAUCGUUCUCUAAAAAAUUAACAUUGUUAUCUUUUUCGUCUUCUGGAUGCUCUAAUAGUUCUUGUUGUUCUAGUAUAACAGAUUCUUCGGUGUAAAGAUCGGGAUCUUCAAAUUCAGUGCAUUCUUCAUUUGGAAUGUCCUCGAGUUGAUGUGCAACUCGUUUUGUUGGUGGGUUAUUGGCUUGCAUGGAAUCUGAUGAUUGUCUAGCAAUUUUAAAAUUUGGUCUAUUUCCGUAAUUUAUCAUACGGGAUUGAAGCGAUCUGUCUACAUCCAUUGGUUCGGGUUUGGGUUGUUGUUGGAAAAAUGUUCUAUUGGGAGCAAACACAUUAGGCUGUGCUCGGAAAGGAAUUUGCUGUUGGUUUUGAAAUUGAUAUGGCUGUUUAUUCUGAAUGUGAGUUUGGAAAGGAUAUGGGUUUCUAAAAUUCGCUGGAGGAUGUUGAAAGUUGUUCCUGGGAGGAGGGAGCGGCACAUGUCUAGUUGUGGGAAUUGGUUUUGGUGGUGCUACUGGAAUAUUUCCUCGAGGCGCUGGCACUGGGGUCAAAGGGUACGAUUUGAAGGGUGCAUUACGAGCGUUUAAAUUUAAAAACUCCACGCAGUAGUGGUACGCCGAUGCAAGAGAUUGGGGUUUGUAAUUUUUGCAGAAUAAAGAUAAUGGUUCCCCUAGACCUCGAAUAAACGUAUCUAGGGCCAUCAUGUUAUAUAACUUGAUUAGAGCAACUUCAUGCCCUUUCCAUGCCUCAUCAGUAGAGAUGGCUGAACUUAUAAGCGUAAUCAUUUCACGCACUCUACUGUAAUAAGUUUCUAUAGAUUCGUGUUGUUUUCUAAUCAUCGCUUUUAAUUGAUUAUCGAGUGUCAUGAGAUCACGUUUGUCAGCAUAAUACAAACGUAAGACCUCUUUGAUUUCAUUCCAGUCAUUUGGUGUGUUGUUUGAAACCAAAAUGUCAUUUGCCUCGUUUUUGAUUUUUCGUCUCACGGUUUUUAGAAUCAGGUGGUAUUCAUAGCUAUUUCGAAAGUCACUAAAAAGUUCAAGGCAAUCUUCUACGUCGAGAAUCCAGGUGGAUAAUUCUCGCGCAUUUCCAUUGAAAUCUGGCAAGUUAUUUACUAUGUUGGGAAUUUUUCCUCUGUCCAAGAAGCUAACAGAGGUGUCAAUAGAAUAUCUCUGCGUUGCCUGAGGCUGUUCGGGAGCAGAAGGUGCGUUCCCUAAAAAUAGGCGUGCAGGAUGUAUGAUUGGGUUUUGAUUUUCCAUUUUAUAUUUAAAAAAAAAAAAUAAUAAAUAAAAAAAAAUUAUAAAUACUUCACUUUCACUUUUACUCCUUAACUUAGUUUCUUUCAGGUGAAUACUCACAAUAGCAGAAGCAGGGUUUGCAUUUUCCUGUCGGUGGCAGCGAUGCAACUUCUUUGGCCACAAUGCGGGUAGCGGGUUGUCCUUCCUAGUGCGCCUAGUCGCCGUGUCCCACAGCCUCAAGUCGACUGGUUUAACAGUGAGUAGAGUUGAAUCCGGACUCUGGGUUCCUUAUCGGUGGCUCAAGACGGCUUCGUGAUUAAACACUUAUACAAUUACUAGAAAAAGGUCCCUAUUCGGGCGCCAGUUAAGACCGGAGGGGUCAAUUCGGGUUUUUUAAAAAACUCAAGUGUUUCCUUUGACGGUCGAAACAGAAGUGAAGUUCUUUAUUCUGUCUUAAUUCUAGGUUUACAUAAAUUGCUUAUGCUAGCAUUCGCGCGCCUAUCGCGGGUCUGAUUCCUUGAAAUAUAAACAAAACAAUCUUGCGCUGUUGACGGGCUGGUUUCCUGGAAAUCGAACGCUGUGUUUAGAUAUCGUUAUACCGCAUGAUUCGUUUGGUGUGGCAAAUGAUGAUUCGGAUGUUAACUUGGAUAAUAUUUGAAAAAACUGGAAGAUUUUAGGGUUUAACUGUUUGACUGGAUCGAGUGAAAAAAAACUGGAAGAAUCCAGUUCAAACUGGAACAUUUGCAACGCUGUUUCCUCCUCGCCUCGUGCGGCUGCAGUUUCUUGCUGUCAUGAUGGUACUGCGUGCAGCGAUGUGUUAAUAAAUUCAGCUGGUUGCAUUUGUUGAUGCACUGAGAGAAAUUUAUUCGAGGCGAACGGCUCGAACAGGUUUUGCUGUCUUUGAAAAAACUCUGAAAUCUAUUUUCUCAUUUCUUCCCGAUAAUUUGUUCUACUACAUCGAGAUACAAAUUUCUCUGUAAAACAUUCCGUCUAAAUACAUCAAGCUUCAAAGUGAUUUAUAUCCCAUCUUCAUGCGUUGAUAUUUCACGAUUUCAAAGCAUUUCAGAAAUCGCCUAAAAAUUUCGACUUCGCACUCUUCGCACUUCAAUUUUCUUCUCGAGUGUAAAAAAAUUGUAUUUCAAUUUUCGUUAAAUUUAUUAAUUUCCCUCCUACAACUUUGUAUGCAUUUUGGCCCAUAACUUUUCUUAGACUCUUUUCCGGUCAACGAAAAUUUGGCUGAAGAUGGACGAAAAUAUUCUCUAUCCAAUGAGUAUUAUCUCAAAAAUGUGUUUUGGGUCCUUUCAAAUAACUUUUUAUUUCAAUUUUCUUUAAAAUAAUAAAUUUCACGCAUGCCACUUGGCCUAUAACUUUUCUCAGACCCUUUUUCGAUUAAUAAAAUUGUGUCUAGAAGAUAGGUAAAAUAUUUCUCUAUCAAAUAACUUCGAUAACUCUAUUCGAACAACUUUUUUUUUUAUUUUCAAAAUUCACGUUUCAGUCUAUAACAUUUCCUGUCACGAUCAAGUAAAAAAAAUCUCAUCCAUCCGUCAUGAAAUGACUGAGCAAUAAGCGUUUGAAAUUGGACAUUUUUCACGAUGCGAUCGAUAUUCGUUUUUCAAUUUGUACCCCAAUAUGUUUCCGAAAGACGUAAUCCUACGUCAAAAAAGAAUUAUGUGGAAAGAAGAAUGAUUCAAUUCUCUAUUUAAUGAGCAUGAUUUGAUAAAUUGAUAAACAAUCAGUUGAAUUCAACUGAAAUAAUUCAUUGUUCAUUAAAUCUAGCAAGACGUUGAACAGAAACUUGCACGCAAUAAAUACUUUUGUCCGCUACAUUCACACAAGUCCGUAAAGAAGGAACGCAAAAACGAGAAAACCCGUGAACGGUCCGUAAAAUGUUAACAAAAAAAAACUACAUGCUCAAAGUGCUCAGUUUAUUACUCAACGGAAAUGCAACGUGUGCAAUUUUUCCAUUUUCGGAGCAAAACGCAAGAAAAACUUACGACAGAGACAGCAGAUAGUUCAGAAAGAGAGACAGCAAUCGGACGCGUUGAAAUUGGAGCUCAGGUUGGAAUCCUGGCUAAAUUAAAAUGCUGUGAGCUAAUAUUCAUGCUGGCAAAGCUUUCCCCGUUUAUUGUGUACUUAAAGGGCACGGAACUAGUCCUUCCCAAAAAUACAGAUUUCGUCCGUCAUUUCGCUCAGUACAUUCCUGCCUAAGAACAGCUAUACUUAACCUAAAAGACUUCGAGUUCGUUCUGUUCAACACGAAAGGCAAACCCUAGACUGAAGAGUGGUUAUUUCUUUGAGAAGACAGUAAAAGUACUUAAUAGUUUUUACGUUCGCAUUUCAUUAAUCCUUAGGUUGUGGUGUUGGUGUACAUUUAGUGGAGCAAAAUUAGAUUAAUCCGAGGAAACACAUUAGGGCAUUUUGCUGUGGAAAUUAGCUAGUUUAUGAAUGAAGAAGACAAGAGGCAAACAAUGAGUAGGGAAUGCUUGUUUUGAAUUGUGUUUUGUGUACUUUGCACUAUGCACAUAUACACGCUACUAAUAUGAGAAUAAUAAUGCACUUUAGGUAAGUAAAGAUAGAAACAAACAAACAAAAAACAAAAAGCGCAUCGCCCACAAAAAAAAGAAAGCAAAAACGUAGUUCAUAUUUCAAGAAAUUUAAAGACAAAAACCUAGCAAAGAGUAGACUAUUUGUCCCUCAACGUUAAACUGCUUCAUUUUUGCUGACUAACAGAAGUACGUCGGCUGCAAUUUUAAGUCAAACGAUUCCGACGAGGUAUCCAAGAGAAAACUUUAAGCCAGCUUAUGAGAAGGAGAAAGAAAUAUUACGCGUAAAUCAAAGACAAAACCAAUAUAAUAGAUAAGCAAACAACAGGAUAGUGAACCAGCGAUGUUCUCAAAUUACUUUCUAAAAUUAAAGCUAUUCAAAAUUCAAGCAAAACAAAAGGGAAGCCCUGUUGAAACUUGUUUCAACAGCCGCCAAACGUUGUAGUCAUAUUCACACACACACAUAAACUUCAAACAAGCAUACACUCCCACGCAUACACACACACACGCGCGUACACAAUUAAUAAGCUAGAAACAUAAAAUAAAAUAUAUUUUGUGAAAUAUUAUUGCUACCUUACUUUAAUGGAAGAUGGAUAAAAACGAGACACCCGCAUUUGCAACAAAAGAAAAGCAGAUUAGGCAAAUGCAGAUUAAUUAUUGCCGAAUAAAGUAAUUAUUAAACAAUCUAAUAAUGAGAAAUCGAGAGUAAAGAAAAUAGAAGUACUUAAGGGGAAACACGGCGGCAGUGGUGAAAGAUUACAUUAUUAUCUUCUAGAUUUAUCGAUGAAAUGAUGUAUUGGUCAAAAGAAAGAGAGGAAAACCCACAGCUAAAGUGAAAAUAGAAUUGUAAAAAAUACCCUCUAAACAAACAAACACACACACACACACUGAAAAGAAAAAAAUCAAAGAAGCAUUGUUACUAAGCCCAAUUUAUUGUACAAUAAAUUAAAUAAAAUUAA